CGUGAAGCAUAUCAACAUAAAGAAUCCAAAUAAAGAAACAUACAUCCCUCAAAAGCUCAUAUUGGGUUCUUUCUUUCUUAUCACUUCCCCCAUCCCCGUCUAUCAUCUCUCCACCAACCGCCGUCGCCGCCGUGAUCAAACCACCACCCGACUAAAAAACAUGCAAGAGAGAGAGAAAAACAAAACCAAAAACAAGAAACCCAAACACCAACAUCCAAACGACCAAAACUCAACAAAACCCGUUACCGAUUUCUCCUUCAAAUCCUCUUCCGACGUGAAAGGCCUCCGUUUCGGCGGCCAAUUAGUUGUCAAAUCCUUCACCAUCCGCCGUGCCCGUCCCCUUGAACUCCUCCCACUCCUCUCCAUUUCCCCUCCUUCAACCGACGGCGCGACCGCACCUCAAAAACCACCAUUUCCUUCCACAACCGCGUAUUUACCCACAAAUUUCACGAUCCUCGCACACCAUGCUUGGCACACUCUCACCCUAGGGCUGGGAACUAAGAAAUCGAAAGUUGUACUAUUUGUGUUCGAAUCUGAGGCUAUGAAGGCGACGAUUGAUCGGAUUUUUCCGUCGGAAAUACCGCUUGGGGAGGUUAAUAAGAGGAUGAUAAGGGGAUUAACGAAUUGUGAGAUGGCUAGGUUUAAGUUUCGAAAGGGAUGUGUUACGUUCUAUGUUUAUGCGGCGAGGUGGAAAGGGGAAUUGGGUUUUUCAUGUGCUGAAGAUCUGAAGAAAAUUCUUGAAUCGGUUGUGGCUUUGAAAGAUCUUUUGGAUCAUACGGCGAUGUUGGCAAUGCCUAGUCAAAGAAACAUUGCUUUUCAGGCACCGAUGGCGGUGGCUCAUUAGAUUCAUCUGAUCUAUUUCCUUUUCAGUUGAGACCGGUUUGGUUUUUUCUCUAUUUUCUUAUGUACUGUAUCAGUUUCCAUUCAUCACAAUAUUUCAUUUAAUUACUUCUCCAUCAUGACAUUAUUU